CGUAAACUAGCAAAAUAAACGCCGAUAACAAGCAGUUGUUUGUGCGCCUCAAAGUUGCAAACCAAUUGCACUUUGGGUCUCAAUGAAAUUACAUACAUUUGCAGCAAAUAAGGUCAAUGUUGUAUACAUUGCUGUCCAUUCAUUAUGGUUAAGCAUACUUUAACUUUGCGGGCACUCUCAAAUUCACCGAAUUCAACCUUUCCACAGAUACGAUUUGUGCCAGAUAAGCUUGAUCCUGAGGAGCUUCUUCUCAGCAUUUGGGUGAAGCUUAAAGAGCGCAUACUUGAGGACAAUGAUAUGGUAUUAGCUUUGAAUGUUCCAUCCCGUAAACGCUCAUUUGAUAACCUCGAUUCCACUACACUCAUAUGGCAAUUUGGACUUACUUCGAACGAUACAGCUCGCUUCUUAUCAAUUAUAAAAUGUCUCAAGCUCAUGCUAAUUCAAUUGACCUGCGAAAAAAGUAAGCAUACAACCGUAAGAGACGUCUUUUACCAAGGUGUGGAUGUCUUUCAAAGUCAGCGGACAUGUAAACUAUAUUUGCAACUGAUUGGAAGUUCACUUUCUUUGUCUCUCCAAAGAGAUCUUAGAAUAUUCCCGUCUCAGAAGGGUUUAAUGUAUGGGGAAUGUAAAGAAUUGGGCCUAUCUUACUGUAAUGAUCCGAUACUCAUCCCUUUUUCGAGUGACCCAAUUGAACUGGAAACUAAACAAACAAUCAUAGUUCUAGAGAAAGAGGCUGUCUUCAAGAGCUUUUGCAAUUACCUAAAAAGCAUGUACAAGUUACAGGGAUACAUAAAUCCCAAUGUAAUUGUCCUUACAGGAAAAGGAUUUCCAGAUACCCUAACCAGAAGUUUCUUGUCCUCAAUUGCCAAUAAUGCCAGCAGAAUUUUAGGUUUUGUAGAUUCUGAUGUAUAUGGGUUAAGGAUUUGUAAUCAGUAUGCACAAGUCUGUCAAAUUAGUCUUGAAGGAGCAUUCCUACUUGAUUUCUCGAAUGGUUGGUUUGAUGUCACAGAUCGUGAAAUACAAAUUCUUUUAAAUUUCUUGAAAGAAUUAACAAAAAUUGAGUACAUUUCAAGAACAGAAAAUAAGAAGUGGCAUAGAGAGCUUACAAGAGGCUUGAUAUUGCUAAAACGAGCUGAGAUGAACAAAGGUUCUCAUGCACGUGCCAGUUGA